ACCCGCUAACUAAUCCAUAUAUUGCCUCCGCGUCGUGCUACUACUUCCUUAGUACUCCUCCUACCCCUGAUCCUGUGAAUUCACCACGACCACCACGUCUCAAUCGCCAUGGCCGCCACCGGAGUUGGGUCGUAUUCGAACCCGCUGAAAAAGUUCAAGUUGGUGUUCUUGGGAGAACAGAGCGUCGGGAAAACAUCGCUGAUCACGCGGUUCAUGUACGACUCGUUCGACAACACAUACCAAGCCACUAUCGGAAUCGACUUCCUCUCGAAGACUAUGUACUUGGAGGACCGGACGGUUCGACUGCAACUUUGGGACACUGCUGGUCAGGAGCGUUUCCGAUCUCUGAUUCCUUCCUACAUCCGUGACUCGAGCGUUGCGGUCGUCGUUUAUGAUAUCUCGAACGCCAAAUCCUUCCAGAACACCCGGAAAUGGAUCGACGACGUACGAGGAGAGCGUGGCAACGAUGUGAUUAUCGUGCUGGUGGGCAACAAGACCGAUUUGAACGAUAAGCGAGAAGUUACGACGGCACAGGGUGAAGAGGAGGCCAAGAAGAACGGCUUGAUGUUCAUCGAAACCAGUGCCAAGGUCGGCCACAACGUCAAGCAGCUUUUCCGGAGGAUAGCCCAGGCUCUACCGGGAAUGGAGGGCGAGGCGAACAAGGGAGAGAACAACAUGAUUGACGUUAAUAUAAGUCCCAAAGAGACCACGAACAAUGACGGAUGUGCCUGCUAGCGGUUGUAUUUUAUCUGGUCUCACCUACCACCCUUUUCGCCAUUUGCUCCCCUGAAUCUCAAUGAUGAGGUUUGAGAUUGU